AUGACUAGCAAUAUAGCUGAACAACUUAACAAGGCGUUGUUGGAGGGUAGGGGAGCUGCUAUAGUGGAGUUGGUAACAUUCAUUCAGAGAAUGAUGACCAGGUGGUUCUGUGCGAGAAGGAAGAAGGCAGAGAAACACAGAGGUUUGGUGAGCGUGGAAGUGGACAAACAGAUGACGAAGAACAUGGAAACUGUUAGAGGCAGCAAGAUAAAUGCAGAUAAUAGCUGGAGCAGUCGGAUUGUGGGGAAGUUUGGCAGAUCAGACAAGGUAAUGCUACCUGAGAGAAAGUGUAGUUGUAAGUAUUUUGAUAAUAGGAAAAUACCUUGUGGGCAUGCUAUGCUUGCAGCUGAUGGUGUUGGUGUGCCUCACGACACAUUGUGUGGGCAUUGGUACAAAACGACCGUGUGGAGGGAGACAUACUUAGGUGUUAUCAGCCCCCAGGGUGAUCCAAGGGAUGUUGAUAUACCUGAAGAAGUCAGCAGUAUGAUUCUGUACCCGCCAAAUACGAAGAGACAACCAGGAAGGCGCCGCAAAACACGUAUACCAUCGACAGGGGAGAUACAUCUCAUUCCUUCUUAA